CCGCCGCAGGAAGCAUGGCGGAGUUGCAGGGGAACGGCCCAGGACGCAGGCUGGGCGGCCCAGGACCCCCGGACUCCGGGUCCCCGCGGCUGGGGCGCGCGCCGCCACGGGCCACGGAUCGCCAAGAAGUUCGAGGGCCCAGGUGCUUCGGGCUCCACAUCACCGGAGGUCCCGCCGACCUGUUGCCACACAUCGACCACGCUGGACAACCUGGAGAAAGGAAUUCAGCUGCUGUAAACCCUGGGCCUGCCAGGACCGGAGCAGAGAGGAAUUGGCUUUUGUAUGUGAUGACCAGCUGCUUCUCCGGCCCUGGCAUGUGGCAGCUCCACAUUCCCGAAACCACACAGGAGAGCCUCAUCCAGAUGGGCCUCGAUGGGUGCUGGAGGUGCAAGGUGUGCUGCACAGUGGCGUCCCCGAAGGGUCACGUGCGGCCCAAAUGCAAGCCAAGAGAGAAGAGACCCUGGCCUUCACCAGCCGUCCUGGGUUGGUGGCUUGAAGCCCCUGUUCUGAGUUCCUGGGAUGGAAAGCUGCAGCGCCCUGCUCAACUCUAGGGACAGAGUCAUCCAGGGAUCAAGCCCUGUGCCCAGAGCUGGGGUCCUGGGCGAAUUUCUCUGUCUGCCUCAAGAGUGGGUAGUGGCUGGCUGCCACAUGACCCCGUGCAGUUGUCCAUAGCCACAUCCUGAUGACAUCCUUCCUUUUCUAGUCCUUCUGGCCCCCUCACCCAUGGCUGCCCUGCCCACCAAGGGUCACCUCUGGGAACCUCUCAGCACAGCUGUCUGGGGGCAGUUCCUGAGGGACAGAAGUGUCAGAGGGCUGGAAGGGAGAGGAAGAGCCAGGGCCUUCUUGGGGCUGCUACAUUGAUGUGGCCCCUUCAGAGCCCUGCCUCACAUGGGGGACAGGGUCACCGACUGCAGCCGUUCGUGGGCCAGCCUGGAAUGGGGAGGACGGCUUUCCCCUGAGUGUGCAUGCGCUUAGUGUGAGAGUGGGGGAAAGGAGCUGUCAGGGUGCCCCAGCCUUCCUCCUGCCAGGGGUUUGCCUAGGACCAAGGCUGCUGUUCCCCUACGGGAAGGAAGGGGUGCAGCCUCAGGAGCCACACCCCAGGGCAGCCCACUGCAUGAAGAUCCUAACCCAGUUCAGAGUGGCACUGUGCUCGCAGUGGCUUUGGCCAUGGCUGUCUUGACCAGAAGCUCUUGGCCCUCUGAACAUCGUGUUCCUGCCUCCAUUGGGCAAAGUAGUUAGCAAGCCUCUGCCUUCCUACGCUGUUCUCGCCACCGCUUUUCCCGCGGGGCCCUUGCCGCAUGGCAGGGUCUCCAUGCACUUUAUAUUUAUUUGCAGUCAGUUUUCCAGGCGGUGGAGCUUUGCACGUUCAGAUACCAGCCUGAAUGAUGUCUGUGUUCUGUGUGUGAGUAAGUAUGUAUUGGUCUGUCAGGUGUUCUUGUUUCUGUUGUUGUUGCACUGUUGUCUCUAAGUUACAAAGAAAAGUCCUGAGUCCAGGACCCUGCAGUACCAUCUCGAGGUCUGUUUCUGGUUGGGUGAGAUGCAAUAGCCUUGGAGGAGGGAGGCCCAGUGGUGAGCUGUUUCUCCCAUGGCCUUGGGCCAGAGCUAGGGG